GUACAGCAUGUUCUACGUGCUCUACCCGUCGGGCAUCACCAGUGAAGUGGGGCUCGCCCUCCUCGCGCUGCCCUACCUCAAGGUUCGCCUCGCUCUCUCUCUCUUUCUCGCCCUGCUCCAUGUGUCUCCUACUCACUGUCCCUGCACUGUCCCUCGCGGCAUCCACGUGUUCUCGUUUGACAUGCCCAAUAAGGCCAACUUUGCCGUUGACUAUUACCUCGUCUGCAUCCUCAUUCUCCUCACCUACAUCCCCGCCUCUCGUGCCUCGUCUCCCGUCGUCGCGUCUCCCCUCGCCGCCGCCUCCUGUCCCAUCCUCACGCCUCCCCUCGUAUCCGGGAGCCUCCCCACGUCGCGCCUCCGCUCGUCUCGCCGCGCCUCCGCAGGCCGCGCCGCGCCUCCGCAGGCCGCGCCGCGCCUCCGCUCACCUCGCCGCGCCUCUGCUCGUCUCGCCGCGCCUCCGCAGGCCGCGCCGCGCCUCCGCUCGCUGCACCGCGCCUCCGCUCUCUCACCUGCUCCGCGGCGCCUCCCCUGCCAUCAGCGCGCCAGCACCCUCGUCGCGCUGCCCCUCCUCGCGCCUCCACUCCCGCUGCCCUUCUCCACUGCCCAUCCCUUGCCCGCGCCUCCCUGCCCUUCUAUUCACCCCACCCUGAUUUCCCUAAUUUUAACACCCUGCUUCCCCUCCUUCCCCUCAUUUACCCCGUUGCUUCCCCUCGUUUCCCCUCUGCUCUCAUCGAUUUCCCCCUCUGUUUCCCCUCGUUUCCCCCUCUUCUUCCCCUCGUUUAUCUUCCUAUAUCUAGCUUUCCCUCUCCCCCUCUCCUAUCUCCCCUCUUCCUAUCUCCCUCUUCCCUAUCCUCCCUCUUCUUACAGUACUUCUUUCUUAUCUCACCCCUGCUUCCCUCUACCCCUCUUCCCAUCUCCCCUAUCUCCCCAGUUUUGCCUUUUUUCUUGUUCCCCUCCCCUCUCGUAUUCCCUCCCUCUCCCUGGCUAUUGCAGUUACUACACUGACGAUUCUUCUGGGAAAGGCAAUACAGGAAAGGCAUGGAUGGGGAGGGCAGGUGGGAACAGGGCAGAGGGUGGGGUAGCAGGGCAGGGGAUGGGGGGAUGCAGGGAAGGGGAUGGGGGGAAGCAGGGAAGGCGAUGGGGGGAAGCAGGGAAGGGGAUGGGGGAAGCAGGGAAGGGGAUGGGGGGAAGCAGGGGAGGGGAUGGGGGGAGGGGAACAGGGAAGGGGAUGGGUGGAAGCAGGGAAGGGAUGGGGGGAAGCAGGGAAGGGGAUGGGGGGGAGCAGGAAGGCGAUGGGGGGGAGCAGGAAGGGAUGGGGGGGAUGCAGGAAGGGGAUGGGGGGAAGCAGGGAAGGGGAUGGGGGGAAGCAGGGAAGGGGAUGGGGGGAAGCAGGGAAGGGGAUGGGGGGGAUGCAGGGAAGGGGUGGGGGGAAGCAGGGAAGGCGAUGGGGGGGGAGCAGGGAAGGGGAUGGGGGGGAUGCAGGGAAGGGGAUGGGGGGAAGCAGGGAAGGGGAUGGGGGGAAGCAGGGAAGGGGAUGGGGGGAAGCAGGGAAGGGGAUGGGGGGGUGCAGGGAAGGGGAUGGGGGAAGCAGGGAAGGGGAUGGGGGGAAGCAGGGAAGGGAUUGGAGAAGCAGGGAAGGGGACGGGGGGAAGCAGGAAAGGCGAUGGGUGGAAGCAGGGAAGGGGAUUGGGGGGAAGCAGGGAAGGGGAUGGGGGGAGGGGAAGCAGGGAAGGGGAUGGGUGGAAGCAGGAAGGGGAUGGGGGGAAGCAGGGAAGGGGAUGGGGGGAUGCAGGGAAGGGGAUGGGGGAAGCAGGGAAGGGGAUGGGGGAAGCAGGGAAGGGGAUGGGGGGAAGCAGGGAAGGGGAUGGGGGGAAGCAGGGAAGGCGAUGGGUUGGAAGCAGGGAAGGGAUGGGGGGAAGCAGGGAAGGGGAUGGGGGGAAGCAGGGAAGGGGAUGGGGGAAGUAGGGAAGGGGAUGGGGGGAAGCAGGGAAGGGGAUGGGGGGAAGCAGGGAAGGGGAUGGGGGGAAGCAGGGAAGGGGAUGGGGGAAGCAGGAAGCGAUGGGGGGGAGCAGGGAAGGGGAUGGGGGGGAUGCAGGGAAGGGGAUGGGGAAGCAGGGAAGGGGAUGGGGGGAAGCAGGGAAGGGGAUGGGGGGAAGCAGGGAAGGGGAUGGGGGGAUGCAGGAAAGGGAUGGGGGGAGCAUGGAAGGCGAUGGGGGGGAGCAGGGAAGGGGAUGGGGGGGGGUGGGGGGGAUGGGGGGAAUGCAGGGAAGGGGAUGGGGGGAAGCAGGGAAGGGGAUGGGGGGAAGCAGGGAAGGGAUGGGGGGAAGCAGGGAAAGGGAUGGGGGAGCAGGGAAGGGGAUGGGGGGAAGCAGGGAAGGGGGUGGAGAAGCAGGGAAGGGGGACGGGGGGAAGCAGGAAAGGCGAUGGGUGGAAGAUCAGGAAGGGGAUGGGGGGAAGCAGGGAAGGGGAUGGGGGGAAGCAGGGAAGGGGAAUAGGGGGGAAGCAGGGAAGGGCGAUGGGUGGAAGCAGGGAAGGGGAGAUGGGUGGAAGCAGGGAAGGGGAUGGGGGGAAGCAGGGAAGGGGAUGGGGGGGGAUGCAGGGAAGGGAUGGGGGGAAGCAGGGAAGGGGAUGGGGGGAAGCAGGGAAGGGGAUGGGGGGAAGCAGGGAAGGGGAUGGGGGGAAGCAGGGAAGGCGAUGGGUGGAAGCAGGGAAGGGGAUGGGGGGAAGCAGGGAAGGGGAUGGGGGGAAGCAGGGAAGGGGAUGGGGGGAAGUAGGGAAGGGGAUGGGUGGAAGCAGGGAAGGGGAUGGGGGGGAAGCAGGGAAGGGGAUGGGGGGAAGCAGGGAAGGGGAUGGGGAGAAGCAGGGAAGGGGAUGGGGGGAAGCAGGGAAGGCGAUGGGUGGAAGCAGGGAAGGGGAUGGGGGGAAGCAGGGAAGGGGAUAG